GGGUGGCCCCAUUUUCGUGUUCAAUUGAUUUUUUGUGGUUGAAAUUAAAUUAUGAUACAAAAGAAAGCCUAACUAUAAUACAUAAAUUACAAAAAACAAAUGAUAUUUAUCUGUAUGUAUCUGUAGACACGUGAGUGGUUGUCAUUGCCCUAUACCAUUACAUUCAUUAGCAGUAAUAACUAAUGACAUCCAUUCAUUCAUCCAUCCUCCAUUGUUGUUGCUUCUUUAGCUGCUCUGCUACAGUUGGAACAUCAUUUUUGCCUCUUCUAUUCAAUCAAAUCAAAUCAGAAAGUGGAAGCUAGAGAGAUGAGCAGCAUAAACAUAACAAGUCCUCCCCAGUCCCACCACUGUAGAUGUAGAUGUGGUAAUAGUAAUAAUAAUUAUGGAGUAUGGAACAACUACUUACACAUAAAAGGAAAGAGAUUGUUACUUCAUUCAUAUUCAUAUCCAUUAUUAUAUGGUUCCAAUAAUACUAAUAGUAAUUGUAAGCCUAUCUUCUCUACUACUACUACUACUACUCGAUGUGCCUUGGAUAAUACAAUCUUCCCAGAUGAAGAUGACAAUGAGGAUGAGAAUGAGAAUGACUCACAAAAGCAAAAAGAUGAUGAUGCUAAGAAUUACAAUGGCCCCCAGGAAACAAGUAGCAGAAGAAUCAGAGACAAUCUUGAAAGAAUUGUUGGAAAAGAUGAUUCAGGCUUUAGUGGGAUUGACUUGGCCACUCUUAUUAGAAACAAGUAUGGAAGGUCUUAUGAUGUUCAACUCAUAAAGAAGGAGUUUAUGGGAAGAAAUCUGCUUGCUAUGAAUGUCAUGUGGAAGUACAUGGAGCAGAGAUCAUUUCCACUGACUGAAGAAGAGUAUAUACUGAGGCUUGACGAUGUGGCAAACACAUUGAAGUGUUGGGGAGCUGUGUCACAUAUAAGAAACAGCCUCCAAAAGUCCAAGGAAAGACCUCGUAUAGGAAAGGCAGUCAGCAUUUUUAUAGACAUGGACGAAACUGGAGGGCGAGCCAAUGAAUGGAUCUACAAGUAGAUAGAUAGUGAUGAUGAUUCAUUAUUAUAUAACACUGGAAGAAACUUCAAUCUUCAAAUUUAAUUACAAAUAAUACCAUUCAAUUCAUAGUCAUACAAUGUUUGUAAUGUUCUUCAAAUAUUACUAGUAUAUCAAUAUGGUUUCCCCUUACAAUAUAAAUAAACUUCAAAAAGGAGGUUACUGUUGGAACAAAA